CGCACUGAGGCGCUACACGCGUUACCGGCUCUGGGGUGAGACACGUGAUCUAAGCAGCCGCCGGGAUGCAGCACGAUGAUGUUAUCUGGGAUGUGGUUGGGAACAAGCAGUUCUGUUCAUUCAAAAUAAAAACAAAGACACAGAACUUCUGCCGCAAUGAAUACAACAUAACUGGGCUGUGCAAUCGCUCAGCCUGCCCCCUAGCCAACAGCCAGUAUGCCACCAUCAAAGAGGAGAAAGGCAUCUGCUAUUUGUAUAUGAAGACCAUAGAGAGAGCAGCCUUUCCAGCUCGGAUGUGGGAGAGGGUACGACUGAGUAAGAAUUACGAGCAGGCGCUGGAACAGAUCGACGAGAGCCUGAUCUAUUGGCCGCGCUUUAUCAGGCACAAGUGCAAGCAAAGGUUCACCAAAAUCACCCAGUACUUGAUCCGCAUCCGCAAGCUCACACUCAAGAGGCAGCGCAAGCUGGUUCCCCUAAGCAGGAAGGUGGAGAGGAGAGAAAAGCGGAGAGAGGAAAAGGCCCUGGUGGCUGCCCAGCUGGACAAUGCGAUAGAGAAGGAAUUACUGGAGCGUCUCAAACAGGGAGCGUAUGGAGAUAUCUAUAACUUCCCCAUUCAAGCUUUUGAUAAAGCACUGGAACAACAGGAAGAUGCAAGUGCCUCUGAGUCAUCUGAGGAAGAAGAGGAGGAAGAUGAUGAAGAGAGCGGCAAGAGGGAGUUUGUGGAAGAUGAAGAUGUUGAUGAAAGUGACCUGAGUGAUUUUGAGGACAUGGAUAAACUUGGGGCCAGCAGUGAAGAGGAAAAGUCUUCCGGUGAGGAAGAGUCAUCUGAGGAAGAAGAAGAAAAGGCCCCCAAAGCAAAGUCAAAAGGCAAAGCCCCAGUGAAAGGACAAUUAAUCAGGAAACGCCAGCAUGUGGAGAUAGAGUACGAACAAGAAACAGAGCCACAGCAUAAAGCCAAAGUGACAUAAAUCCACCACCUGAGGCGCUUGCAACUGUUCAGAACUCUCUUUUCUAAAUAAACCCCUAUUCCCCACCCGGCCCACUGUUUUGUAAUUCAAAGAUGAACUGUAAGAACAGCCCCUCAUUGUGCCCUGCACUCGCCAUCAGAAUUACUGGGGUUUGGAGGAAGGAACCAACAAAAAUAACGGUUUUGAUAUAUCAGGGCUUGUAACAUAUGGGGUUAUGUUCUUAAUGAUAUCACACGUGAAUGUGGCUCUUUAACCCACUUUUGCUGUAAGUUUGACAUUCCUGCCUCUAGGUGCUGUUUUAUAGAGAGUUCAGUGGUUUUUAGAUACCUAGAUCAGGAAAGUGACCAAUACAGAGUGGUUGAGUCCAUGCAAAUUAAAAUGACUGCUCAGAUUACCAAA